AUGGAGGGGGCCUUUACCCUUGCUGAGCCUAGACUGGAUUGGGGCACUAUGGCGGGAGUGCACCGGCUGAUUUGGCUGGGUAUGCUCAGCAUCCUAGGUAAAGUCAAGUUGGGAGCCCUGGGGGUGAGUCCUCUCCCAGUUAUGCUUCAGCGUGCGGUAGUCAUGCUCCAGCUCGAUAUUUUUGGUAUGGAGAUGUUCGUAUUUCUCGGACAUCUUGGCGACGCUGGCGCGGAAGAGAUUUACCUCUGCCUGGAGAUUGGCUUUUGUUGA